AUGGUCUCCGACGAGGCUUUCCCUUCUUCCGCCGGCGGCAAGCUCUCCAUCUCCCCCCAUUUCUCCAGUUCCAUCGCCAAGAGGUGCGGCCAAAGCUCCUCUUCUUCUUCUUCUUCUUCUUCUUCUUCUUCUUCUUCUUCUUCUUCUUCUUCGCCGUCGUCUUCUUCGCCGUCGUCUUCUUCUUCGUUUUCUUCUUCUUCUUCUUCUUCUUCUUCUUCUUCUUCUUCUUCUUCAUCUUCACCUUCAUCUUCAUCUUCAUCUUCUUCUUCUUAUUCUUAUUCUUCGUCUUCUUCUUCUUCUUCUCCUUCUUCUUCGUCGUCAUCUGCUUCUUCUUCUCCUUCUUCUUCGUCGUCAUCUGCUUCUUCUUCAUCUUCUUCUUCUUGUUCUUCGUCUUCUUCUUCUUCUCCUUCUUCUUCGUCGUCAUCAGCUUCUUCUUCAUCUUCUUCUUCUUAUUCUUCGUCUUCUUCUUCUUCUUCUUCUCCUUCUUCUUCGUCGUCAUCUGCUUCUUCUUCAUCUUCUUCUUCUUAUUCUUCGUCUUCUUCUUCUUCUCCUUCAUCUUCUUCUUCUUAUUCUUCGUCUUCUUCUUCUUCUCCUUUUUCUUCGUCGUCAUCUGCUUCUUCUUCUCCUUCUUCUUCUUAUUCUUCGUCGUCUGCUUCUUCUUCUUCUUCUUCUUCUUAUUCUUCCUCGUCUUCUUCUACUUCUUAUUCUUCCUCGUCUUCUUCAUCUUCUUCGCUCCUCGUCGUCUUCUUCUUCUUGUUCUUCGUCGUCGUCUUCUUCCUCUUCUUCAUCUUCGUCGUCUGCUUCUUCUUGUUCUUCGUCGUCGUCGUCGUCGUCGUCGUAUUCUUCUUCCUUCCUCUUCACAGCAUACUCCGGCGACCAGUAAACAGAGAUUUCGGGGACAUUCAGAGAAUUUGCUCCUUGGAUGUGUCGUCCUCCCGGUCCCGCAAGCACUGAUCUCCAUUCCAGUGUAUCCGUGGUCGUAGAAAACGAGCUGCACGUUGAGAUUUCUCGGAUUGUGCGAAGAGUGAAAGCCUAUGUGCUGUUGAGCGGAACUAGUCGAAGAGUAGCUACGUUUUCUCCCUACUCAACGUGAUAGGAUUUCUCAAGUUUUUCCCGAUGCAUCUUGCUUUCUCCCUUCCUCGUCGCUCGUUUGCUUUGAUCUAUAUUCGAAAUGAAAACCUCCGCUACCUUUCGUACCCCUUGGUAUCCUUUUUGUUUCUUCAGCUUUGUAAUCAUGAGGGUUUUUUUUUCAGUUUUUAUUUUCCAACAAAAUCGUGACGAAUUCCUUGCCGAAUCAUUAUCUACGCAGAAUCUUCUCUGAUGUCGCCGGGGACAUAACCAUUGAUGUCGAUGGCCAGUCGAUCCUCUUGCACAAGGUUGGUCGAUCUACAGAAUUUAAAACGUAAGCCGUGCUCCUGUUGCCGUCGAUGCGACGAGAAAUCUCUAAUGCCUGUAUCCUGCUGUCCUCUCCUGCUGAAGUUUCCCCUUAUCUCGCGGAGCGGAAGAAUACGCAGAAUGGUGGUGAGUUCCAGGAACCCUUACCUCUCGAGAUUGGAGCUCUUCGACGUGCCGGGAGGUUCACAGGCAUUCGAGCUCGCCGCCAAAUUCUGCUACGGCGCCAUUGUUGAGAUCACCACCAGCAAUGUCGCCGGUCUUCGGUGCGUCGCCGAAUAUCUCGAGAUGACAGAGGAUUACAAAGAGGAGAACCUCGUCGCCCGGACGGAGGCCUAUUUGACCGAGGUGGUCGUCCGAAGCCUAGAAAAAUCGGUCCAGGUUAUCUGUUCAUGCGAGGAACUGCAUCCGCUCGCAGAAGAAAUCGGCAUCGUAGGCAGAUGUGUAGAGGCCAUCGCUUUCAACGCUAGCAAAGAUCAGCUGGUCUCUGGAUUUUCCCGCUUGGACUGCGAUACUUCCUCAGAGAGAGUGAAGCUGGGCUGCCAGGAAUGGUGGGUGGAGGAUCUCUCUGUUCUGAGGAUUGAUUUAUACGAGAGGGUCGUCACUGCCAUGAGGAAAUCAGGGGUGAGAUCCGACAGCAUUGUGGCGUCGAUCAUCCACUAUGCGCAGAGCUAUCUCAAAGACAUCGGUAAGAAUAGUUCCUGCAAUUCCGGAUUGGUUCCUGCUGAAGAACACAGAGUGGCUGUGGAGACGCUGGUAGCCCUACUGGUAUCGGAGGAGAUUUCCUCCGUCCCUCUCACCUUCCUGUUCGGAAUUCUGAGAAUGGCGAUCGCGGUGGAUGCGCCUCUCCCCUGCAGGCUCGAGCUCGAGAAGAGGAUCGGAUCCCAGCUGGAGAUGGUGACCCUGGAUGAUCUCCUCAUCCCCUCACAGCAGACCUCCGAUUCCCUAUUCGAUGUCGACACCGUGCUCCGCAUUCUGGUAAACUUCAUGCAGAAGAUCGAGGAGGAAGACGCCGAUGAGGAGCCAUUCAAGUGCGGGUAUGAAUCUGAAGGGGCCGGCUCGCGCAGCCAUGACUGCGUCCUCAAGGUCGGGAGGCUCCUGGACAGCUAUCUCGCAGAGAUAGCCUCAGAUCCACAACUGAAGCUCCAAAAAUUCAUGGCUAUGGCAGAACUCCUCCCGGACUACGCCCGCGUGGUGGACGACGGACUCUACCGAGCCGUAGAUCUGUACCUCAAGGUGAAUCAAUCGAUCACAAUUAUCUGAGAACAUCGGUUUCUGCUCCGAUCGUUUCUCCUCUGGUCUGAUCUGUCGAUCUUCCUUCCUCCAGGCGCAUCCUUCCCUGACGGAAUCCGAAUCCAACAGGCUCUGCAAGCUCAUCGACUGCCAGAAGCUCUCGGAGGACGCGGCCGACCACGCCGCCCAGAACGACCGCGUCCCGGUCCAAAUGGCCGUCCGCGUCCUCCACGCCGAGCAUCUCCGCCUCAGAACCGCCGUCUCCAGCGGCGGCGCCGCCGAGGGGUUCUUCUACUCGCAGAGGAUGAUCGGCAGCAGCGGCGCCCCCAGCGCCGCCGUGUCCCCUCGGGACAACUACGCCUCCCUGCGGAGAGAGAACCGGGAGCUGAAGCUGGAGAUCUCCCGGAUGAGGGUGCGGCUCAGCGACCUGGAGAAGGAGCAGGGGCUCAUGAAGCGAGGAGGGGCCAGCAAGGACCACCCCCACCGCCGGCGGGGAGAUCACCGGAGGGAUUUCUUCUCCUCCAUCUCCAGGGGGAUCGGCCUCUUCGGCACUUCCCGGGCGGCGCAGUCCCCCAAAGCCGGCCCCAAGCCGCAGCCCGCCGACGGGAAGAACUGGCGGCGUCGGAGGGACUGA